AUGCAGCUCCCAAUUUUAUCUACCCCGGAGGGACGAAAGACUUGGUCGACCUCGGGGGGACUCGAACCUACGACCUCGCGGACGUUAGAAAUGAGUCUUACCAGCUGAGCUCCCUUUUUUUCUUUCUAAGAUGCUGAAAAAUCUUUUGGAAAUUCCUACAAACCUUUCUGAAGUUUUGAGAUGCUGAAAGUAACGCAUUAAAGUUAUUUCUUUUCCAAAGUUUCAAAGAAGUUAAGUUAGUUUUCGCACCAAAAAGAUCAACAAAUUUUUGAAGUUGAGUUUUGAAGUAGAAAUUUUAUCAUGGAGAGUUGAAAAACUUUCUGAAUUAUUUUUGAUGUUAUUGCGACUCUGUACAAAACCCUUGAAAUUCCAAUCAGCACAAAGAUCGUUUCGGCAGCUAAAGCUAGACAUCCGGAAGCAAAAUGUGGCACGAUGCUUGGGCAGGCGAUUCUCGCGCAAAGACUUGAACUGUCACCGGCGGCCAGGGCUAUUCCGGUCGGCCGCAGGCUUUUUCUUUUUCCGCUGUUCCCGCGUUUUCCGCACCGCCGACCGCCCACGCGCCAGCCAUUUCAAUCCUCUUUUGACCGUUCCUCGGCGUUCCUUUUUGGGAAUCGGAGCAGCGGUUCGAGAUAGCAGCAUGGCUUCGCAGCGCUUGACUUCCUGGAGCAGAUGGGACAUCCCUCAACCAGGUGAGAUUUUAAUUGUGUUUUUUUUAUUUGGUAUCGCUGGAAAUAUUCUUGACAAGAAUUGACUUCUCAAUUUCAACCUUAUCAUCUCACCUAUGCCUUGACUGCUUUUCUUAACUUAGGAUUGCAAAAUCAAUAGAAUUUGUUUCAAAAGUUUUUUUUGCUGUUUUCAUCUGUAACUAUUAAAAGACUAUUCCCGGGACAAGGUGCAUUUGUUUUUCAGCUUUCAUCAGAACUAGAGCUUUUUUUGGUUUUUGUAAAGAAAAUAUUUGACAAGAAUUUAGUUUCAUUUCAUUGAAAGGCAGUGCAAAAAUUUUUUGAUUCAUAACAACUUUUUUGUCACAAUUAUAAUCCCAGAUGAAAAUCCUUAAUUGUCAAUGGUUUUUCUGGUUUGAUGAAAUGAACCUUUUUUGCUCAAAUUUUUUUUCUCCCAUAUGUUUCAAAUCAAAAUCAAAAACUCGUGAUGUCCACUAGCCAUAUUAUAUGUGCACAGCCGCGCCCAUUUUCCCGAAGUAGAGAGAUUAUAGAACCGAAGCAGCAGACAAAAAGCUAAUCGCCUCUGUUUCAAAAACGGAGCUGCUUUGAUCAAAAUAGGACGCUAUUUCGGGUUAUUUCAGGAGGAGUCGUCGUUCCGUCGUCGGCUCAGAGGUUCUUCGAACAGGUUCUGAUAAAUCCAUCUAUCAUCAAUGUUCAACGAUCAGGCCUUGUGGAGCAACGCGUCAAUAGUGGGUUUCAACUUUUUUUUUCCUUUGAUUGAUUUCUACAGGGUUUCGGAAAAGUCUAAACUUUUAUUUGAGAAUUUUCGCAAGUGAAUAUUUGAGGAAAACAAUCUAAAAGAAAUAUUACUCUGUAAAAGUUUUUUUCUAAAACCCAGUUUCAAUCAAAAUUGUUUUAAUUUGUAAUUCCUAGGCUUCGAGUGAUGAAAGUAUGGAUAUUGACGUUUGAUUCACUCAAUUCAGAAUUUUUUUUUGGGUUUUUUUUCUGAAAACCACAGCAAAGCUGAAUCUUUCAGAAUGGCGAAAAAUAUCUCGAUAUUUUUCCAAUACAUUCGACAUUUCUCUGAUUUGAACGCUCAUUUUAAGCCAUCGACCCAUCCUUCUACGACUGCAUUUACGGCGUGGUCAACUCGGAAGAGACGAUCGUCGAGCAAUGCUACAGAGACAUUGGAUGUUGCGCCAACGGCUGUUGCACCAACUCUGAUUGGUGCGUGAAGUCGCCGCUUUCCGAUCUUAAACCUUCAGGCAAACGAAGUAUGGCUGGGCCGUCGCGCUCAUCUGUCUCUUCUGCCUGUUGGUGAUUGUGGCAAUGUCUUGCUGGGUCAUCGUUUGGCUCGUCAACCGGUCCAAAGACAAACGACAGAAGAAACAACUCCUUGGGCUCCCUAAUAUUUCACCUGCUACCUCUCAGGUUUUUGAACAAAUUGAUUCUGAGUUCUCAAGAAAAGGAAAAACUGAAAAAAACUGUCCGAAUAAUUUUCAAAGAUCUUGUCUCUUUCACUAUUCAUGAUGUUACUGUGCUGAUGAACUGCUUGGAUCCAACUCAAUUUAUUUUUCAUAUUCUAUUAUUCUUUUCGUGGCUUUUUCGAGAAACUAGAACCUUCUGAGACCUUCAAACUCUUGAGAUAAAAUUUUUACGGGUCAAAUCUUUCACUUUAUAAACCCCAAAAAUUGAAACCUUCUUGUUUCUUUGUUUUUUCAAGUUUCAAUCGUAUACACCGCCAGCGAAACACAUAAGAUAAUCCAAUCAGUUUUUGAUUCCAGAUGUCGUUGGCUUACCCGAUUCCCAACGGCUAUCAUUACGGCACCGGACCGUUUCAGUCGCCUCCUCUGAAUGGCUAUCGGUAUUGAAAUCGCUCACUAAUUCCGCUGCCCCACGCAUUCCGAACGUUCCAAAAUGGUCCUGAACGACUAUUUAAUCGACUCUUUGUUUGUACAUUUCGACUCCGAGAAUAACGCAUAUUUAUCGACCAUAUCCACUGACAUCGUAAUGCAAUAAACACUUAUCGUUAUUGAAGUUCUGCACAAAAAAAAGAAUCAAUCAAGAAACCCCAAAAAAAAGUUCUAUAUAAUAUUGUCUUCCUUAUAGGUCAAAAAAAUCCUCUGUGAAUAGCGCGCAACUUAAAGAUCUUCUUAGCUAUUGAUAGUUCAGGCUUGAGUGCUUUUUCCAUUUUUUUUUUUUGAAUUAUUCCACUGCUUUAAACAAAAAAAUCAAAGUUUUUUUCAAGGUUGUCUCAAAAAUUAAAAGAUUAUUUCGAAAAGUGGUCUACUUGGAUUUGACGUCUUUGAACAACUCAGCAAGGGUUCGGAAGUUGGAAGUUGUAAUAAAGAUUAUCGAGAACAAUUGAGUUUUACUGAAAUAUUAAGAUAGGAAUAAAAGAGAAAAAACUAUUCUAGCUAAGAAGUCAAUGAAAAGAACGGUGAAUUUCAUUUUGAAUAACUUUCGGAGGAGUGAUAAAUCUUCGAGUCUAUAUUUGUACAUCACGCAGGUAGAGCAAAUCUGGGUUGCGCUCUGGCGGACACGGGCGGUUUGCCGCGAAACGCCGCAACGAAGGCCGCAACUCCUCACUCUUCAUUCUGCCAUUCUUUGCGCAUUACGCGACGUUCCUUCUUAUCGUCGUCUUGAAACACAUUUUUUGUUUCUUUUUAUUCUUUUUGCUAUUCAUCACUUCCUAAUAUCUUCCAAUAUCUACUGAAUUUGAAAGUUUAUUAAAAACAGCUCGAUCAUGCGAAAUCUCGGAGGGCUAGGCACGCUUUUUUUUUCACGAUUUCGUCGCUCUCGUUUUACUCUGUUUUCAGAAGCAUCAGUUUAUCAAGAUUCAAGUUCAAAUGAUAUUACGAAAAAAUUUUUUUCGUAUAUUUCCUCUUUCAAUCUUCCGAUUAAUUCGUUUAUGUCUCGUCGCAAUUUGAACUUCAAAAUUGAGGUGCUCUUUUUGCAGUAACCGAUGGAAGCUUGGAGAGAGGCAUGAACAACCAGCCAUGUUUGGAAGGCUCACCGUUUCAUGAUAAGAAACCUGGACGUCAGAGUCAAAGUAAGAAAUCAUUUUUGAUAAGAUGAAUGGCAAUUAUUUGCAGGUCGAACCACAUCGAGAGGGAUGAAAGAGGUUCUCGUGUAUUCCGACCGAUGCAAAUAGCGAGUUCACCUAGCCGGCGACCGAUCAGAAGCCCAUGUUGAAGAGCAGCCGCCAUCCAGCUGCAGAUGAUCUCAGGCCAUGUCGAGGGAUCAACCAGGUCAUUGAAUAAAGUGAGUUGAGAGGCGAAAUCACAAUUGCAAGAUAUAAGUGUGAAAAACUGAUUAAGUUUACUAUAAUGGCGUCAUUCAAGCCAGGAAAUGCGUGUCUUGCAGUUCAUGUCAAUAAAAAGUAAACUAGUUGGAUGGUUCUAAUUAACGAUCAAAGAUUACACUAAAAUCACACCUGAAGUUUCAAAUCUUUGUAUUCCGGACGUUCAAAGCUAAACGAGCCAGUUUAUUCUCGGUUAUCCCUCGAGAUCUCAAAUUUUUCAGGCCGAAGGAUCAGUUUCGAAAGAAUUGAAGCGGAUUGAAGUGGUCUUUCGCUAUUUGACGAGAAGACAAAACUUGGGGACCAAACUUCCAGGAAUAGAAAGGCUUGAGGUGAAUAUCACAUUAAGAAUAAAAUCAUGACAAAAUACAACCGUCCCACAUUUCAAGAAUAAUUGUAAGAUAAAAAUAAACUCAUAGAGACAAAAAAUCUUUCUGAAAAAACUUCUGUGCAAUAAUCGCUUUGAAGUAAUUCAAUGAAUUUUUUCGAGUGGAAUCUAUAGAAACAAGAAAAAAAAUAGUAUUGUAUGAUGUGAAAUGUUCUUCAGAUCGGAAAAGGACGCAAGCUUGCUGGGGGAGGAGAACGGUGACGUCGAAGGAGAAUUGGCCGCCACCUCUUGUGCCUCCGCAAAGAAGACCGUCAGUUUUCAGAUAGUUACUUGCAUAGAAAUUAUGCUUUUCAAACUAUUAUUCUGAAGAACCUUUAAAUUAGAAUGAACAUCAAAAAAUAGUUUUGAAAAUUGAAAAACAUAGUACGAAAUCAAUCAAAGAUACAGUAUUCAUAAUGAUCUCACAUUUCAGAUCAACGAGAAAGUUGAGGGGAAUCCCGCCGUCGCCGUACCAGAAGAAACGCAAGCCGUUCCUGGCGCCACGACUGGGCAACUGUUCGCCGGUCGACUUCUCGGGCACGACAGGAGCCGAUUGCUUGGAAUCGCGGGAGAAUUUCGAGGAGACGGACGCGGAAGACGGAGGAGGAGAAAAGGGAAAAAAAAAACUCUUUCUCCCAAAUUUUCUCUUUCUUUUAUUCGUCUUCAGUCCGCAUGUCCCGUUGUUUGAGCCCUUCUCUUUUAGCGGCCAUUGUCCACCAUUCCGACUUUGCCCGAGUUGAAGUGUGCGUUGAGCUGAGUAAUCGCCCGCACACUUCCUCGUUGUUAGGAUGUGAUAAUUGUAGACGAGUUGUUUUUCAUAUUUCGUCGAAAUGUGAUUGACUUUAGGUCUUCCCCCACCAAAUUUAACCCUUGUUUUACAGUGUGCGCAGAGCUGAGUAAUCGCCCGCACACUGUAUGGUUAAUUAGGGAAAAUUGUUGUUGUUGAGUUGUUUUUCAUAUUUCGUUUGACUUUGAUUGAAUGUUGCUUUUCCUCAUUUGAUUUGAAGUUUUGAAUAAAAGUUUGCGCUGAGCUGAGUAAUCGCCCGCAUACUUUCUUCUUCAGAAGGUCUGAUUGUUGUAGAUGAGUUGUUUUUCAUAUUUUGUUUUAGCACUUGUUUUCUCAGAUCAUUGCGGCUGUUUGAUUCAUAAUAUUUAUGCCUCAUCUUACUUCCUCUGAAAUUUCAUCCAGUAAUUGUCUUCUCUCAAAUUCCUUGCUCAUCCUAUUUUCCAAAUAAUUUCAUGACCAAUCUCUGCAUCUUUCUUUUUUUUUCUUCAUUUUCAUGACUUAUUAAUGAUUACUUCUAAAAUUUUCUUCUGUAAUCUAAUUCGCCUAUUGGAUAAAAUUUUGAUGAAAAAAAUUAUCUAUAUCGGUCAAAUUUAAAGUUCAGAAAAAGACUGACUUCAAACAAGAUCCUUCAUGCAUCGACAGGAAAAGUGUUACCACCGAAGUCUCUUAUAAUCAAAUUCUGUCUAACUGAUAACCUUGAAAAAAAAAAGAAAAUUUUGUAGUCGUGCCUAACAAGGCUCCAGCUUCAGAUUUGAUAUUUGCGGCUUAUUCAUGUUAUCAAGAAAAGUUUUCUUUUUUUAUAUCAUGUAUGAGCCGAUAUAUUUUUUUCUAAUUUUCAAUUUCAUUCUUUGCUCACCAAAACAUUUUUGCCCAUAUGAUUUCAAUUUCUAUCGAUGCACUAUGAAUGUAGCAAACCAAAAGAGGAACUGAAAAACAAGAGAAAUGGGAUACUGCAAGUGCAUUUGAACCAAUUAACAGCGAUUCCGUCAUUCGACGCGAAUGUCCAAUUUCAAACACAUUUACCAUAUGGCUUUCACGCGUAAAUCCUUCGUUGAAGAUUUUUUUAUCGUUGUAAAGUUUUUUUAUUACGAGAUAAAUGGGGUUUUUUUAUUGAAAAAAAUUGUACGCAACAGGAAUUUUUUUAUGGAUCGUAUUUUUGAGAAUAGACAAAAAAAUAAACAGAAUUGGAGGAAACCGUGCCAUUGGUUACCGACGUGUGUGCUCUCACGCGCGACCUUGUGUUUGGAUAGGAGACUCGUCGGCAGUCCAUUUCUUCUCGACCUCUGCCCCUCCAAUCGAUUUCACCCAAAUAUGAUCGACAUCCGCAGGUUUUUUUUUUCAAUUCCUAUGAGGAAUAUUCCGAAAACCGAUCCAACUUCAAAUGGCAAAGCAGGCGUUUUUGAUCCACGAGAUUUUUCACGGGCUGUUCGGAACAGCUUGAUGCAGUUUUCAGAGGACCAAUAAACGUUUUUUUGGUAGAUAAUCGCUACAAAAACGCGCGAAAUUUCGAUAUUUCAUUGUAAGAAAAAGUAACAAGAGAUAAUGAGAAAAAAAUUAUUAAAAGGCGAUCCAUUCUUGCGUAAGUCCAAAGUUAUAAUAUAAUUCUGUCGGGUACGCAAAGAGCGAACUUGACGACAAGUAAGGGAAAAAUUCAGUCAUUCCAUGAUUAAAAAAAUCCUCCACCUUUGUCCAUUUUUCUUUUCAUUUUUUUAUGUAAAUGUUCUCAAAAAAAUCACUUCACGACCUACAUAUUUUUUUGAAAGUUAAUGAAUUCAAAAGUUUUUUUCGAAAAAAAUAUAAUUACUUUUUAACCUACAUAUAAAUAUUAAAAAAAUUAUACCUUUUUUUCGUUUUCGCUUCCUUUGAGUUGUUUGGUUCGGACUCGCAAUAAUCGAUUACAGUUCCACAAUUAUUUUUUUCUUCUGUUGACUUAUUGCUUUUUUUCUUAUUUCGAGAGUAAAAAAACUAAUUUUUGAGCAAUUUUUUUCAAUUUUAAGUUCAAAAAAAAGUUAGUUAUAGGCUACAUGUAUUCUCUGAAAGAAUUUCCAAGAUUUCUUUCUUUUUUUAGCUUCAAAAAUCAAACGUUUGUUGAAGAAAAAUUUUCUUCCGCUCCCAAUCUCUUCACAAGCUGAAUUAAAAGAAAAAAAAAUGGAAUUUAGGUUCGAUGUUUACCGCAAGGUACCAAAAGACCUCACCCAGCCAACAACGGCUGGCGCUGUUAUUUCUCUCAUCUGCGUGGUUUUCAUCACAUUCAUGAUUUUCAACGACGUGCUAGCCUACGUCUUCAUCGACAUGUGAGGCUGAUAUGAAACUAGUACAAAAAGUCUUCUCAGAAAAAGCGAGUUAUACGUGGACGAUCCUGGACGCGUGGGCAAAAUCGACGUCGAAGUGAAUGUCUCGUUUCCUUACAUGGCAUGUGAAUGUGAGCGUCCGACUUAUUUUGAUGAACUUUUGGACCUUUUGCAGAUCUUGGCGUGGACAUUCAAGAUGAGAACGGAAGACAUGAAGUUGGGUUCAAAGAUCAGACUACAAAGAUAACUUUGGAAGAACACGGCGGAUGCAGAUUUGAAAGCAAGUUUGAAAUAAAUAAGGUUUUGAAAAUUUUUUUUAUCGGACCAUCUUUAACGGAGGAAUCUUCAGAUCCCGGGAAAUUUUCAUUUAUCGACACAUUCGGCAGCAGCUCAACCUGAUUCUUACGACAUGAGGCAUAUCAUUCACUCCAUCACAUUUGGAGAUGACGUUACUGUAAAAAAAUAUUUGUGAUUAAAUGAAAUUACAGAAAAAGUUUCAGAAAAAGAAUCUGAAAGGGAGUUUCGAUCCGUUGCGCGACAAAGAUACCACGAAAGAUGAGCCCCUUUAUACUCAUGAGUACAUUUUGAAGGUGAGAAAGUCGAAAAUCUAAUUCAUACUCCUGUUUCAGAUUGUCCCUUCGGUUUAUGAAGACAUCUCCGGUCACAUAACGAACAGUUACCAGUACACGUUCGGACAUAAGGCUUAUGUGACCUAUCACCAUUCUGGGAAGAUUAUUCCUGCGAUUUGGUUCAAGUACGAACUUCAGCCGAUCACUGUGAAGCAAACGGAAAGACGACAAUCUUUCUACACGUUCUUAACAUCGGUAAGGGUUAUAUCGACUUUGUAAAAAAUAUUGAGUUUGAUCAGAUAUGCGCUGUAGUUGGAGGGACGUUCACUGUGGCGGGAAUCAUUGAUUCUUCAUUUUUCACAAUUACGGAGAUGUUGAAAAAACAUCAAUUGGGUAAACUUACAUAGAUCCUUGAGAAAUGAGAAUAGUUUGUUUUUUUAGAUUGCUAAAUUCACUGUCAUUUCGUUGUUUCAACUUAAAUUAUGUAUAUUUCAUUCACCGCUAGUUUGAAAAAACCAAAUGAGGAGCUAAACUAUUUUUUUUACAUCAUAAUUUAUUCGUUCUAGGUUAACGGGGAAUGGAAUAUGUUUGUUCUACGUUGUGUCCUACUCGGGAUUUCUCAUGUAUUCAACAUUUUUGUUGAAAUUUUUUAAAGUCAUCUCUAGAGAAUUUCUAUAUUUUUUUUUGUUAUUCAUGUUUUCCUUGCGAUUUUCACUCUUUACCGUGUCUUUAAAGCAGAUUUAUGGGUUUUUUCUUAUUUUUGAAGUAUUGCCAAGGGAAAUGUUGUAAAUAGGAGAAUAAAAAAUUGUUCGUUUUGCACGUAGUCUGGGAAGAGACGCGAUAUCGGGACAAAUUGGAACAUGACCUUUUCUCGAAACUGUGGGCGGUUGACCCAGCUAAAGAGCGUAUCAAAUCCAUCGGUUUAUUCUGUUCUCUUCUCUACUGGCGACCAUGGAUUCGCUGCAAACCAUCGUUCUGCUGCUAUGUUUUGUUGGAAUGGCUGACGCUAUGAUGUGCAACAUAACGGUCAAGUUCCGGCUAGAAAACCACGAGAAGGUCUUUUACAAAAAAUCUCCUUAUCAGUAUUCAAAAAAAUGCUUUUACAGACUCGCGUUGACCUUCUAGUUCCUGCUUUGGAAAUUAUGUCGGAACCAGUCGUUUUGACUGAAUGGAAAGAAGAAAAGCACGUAAAGGUCAGACCGCGGAACGAUUAGGAAUUAAAUGAUCAAGUUCAGAUUGUGGGAGAAAACUGCGAGAGAAAGCCGUGGAUCUUCAUGACUUACGUUUGGAAAAACGGAGAUUGGGAGUUCAAGAAGAAGGCGCAGACCAAGUUGAUGGGCAACGGAUGGUUGGUGGAAAUUUAAAAAAAAAAUCAUAUUUUCAAAAUGUCAGGAUCAUGAUUCUCAUCAAUGACGAUUUCAACAUUGUACCCGUUGAUCGGUAUGGAAUCGCUUGCGCAGAAGGAACUUGCGGGUAA